GGCGGUGACGCGCUGAUGGAGCGCGUCCACACGCUCCCCGACGCGGGAGAGGUGGUCUUCGUCGACGCCUCAGGAGGGAUGGACCGGCACGGCCAGCGCGUCUUCCUGCUGAUGUGCUGGAGCCCGGCCGGUGGUCUGCCUCUCGGUGUCAUCGUCUCCACCUCGGAGACCGAGGCCGUGGUGGACAAAGCCUUCCGGCUGCUCGUCGGGAUUUUACCAGACGGCGCCUUUGGCGGGCGUGGAAGGCGCGGCCCUCUGUGCUUCAUGACGGACGACUGUCAGGCCGAGCGGAACGCGCUGUCGGCGGUGUGGCCUGAGGCGCGGCUCCUGCUGUGCACGUUUCACGUCCUGCAGGCCGUCUGGCGAUGGCUUCACAACGGCAAACAUGGCAUCGACAAGCAACACAGGCAGGCUAUCAUGGCACUAGCCAAACAGCUCGUGUACGCCAACAAUGAGGCGGAGAUAGCGACGACGAUGGAGCUGGUGGCUACCGAGUGGGGCGAGCGCUACCCACUGCUGGACCAGUACCUGCAGGGUUUCGCUGCCCGCCGUCAAGAGUGGGCGCUGUGUCUCCGCACGGAUGUCCCCACCCGGGGACACAACACGAACAACAUCGUGGAGUCCGCCUUCAGAGUCCUCAAAGACUCUGUCCUCUACAGGACUCGGGCGUUCAACCUGCUGCAGCUGUUUGAUUCCGUCACGGUCCAGCUCAGCAAGCACUACGCCAGGAGGGCGUGCGACGUGACCAACGGCCGGCAGCGGGCGGCACUGCGCCGGUCCGCGGCGGCACCAGCCAAGAAACGGGCACUGUGACGCAGGUGACGGAGUUCACCUAUCAGGUGAAGUCGCUGACGUCGGUCGGCAUCACCUACCUGGUGGACCUGAACGUCGGCGCCUGCACCUGCAGGAUGAACCGGCGGACUGGCGGCUGCAAACACCUCCGAGCCGUGCGGCAGCAGACUGGCGCUGUGCCGGAGGCGACGGCGACAAAGGAGACGCGGAGGGCCUUGAUGGACAUCGCCAUGGGGACCAGCCAGCAGCUGCCAGGCAACUGGUUCGACCCUCUGGUCGCCGAGCCGUCCACCUCGUCACCUCCUGGCCCCACGCCCGCCAGCGCCCCGGGAGUCGCGCAGCCCCAGCCGUCGCCGAGUCCCGAGGAGUACGACGACGACGCAAUGGACUUCGAGGACCCCGCCGCUGCGGCGGCGGCUGUCAGUGGAGCUGAGCAGCGACGCUCAGAUGACCGGACGCGCCAAACCGUGGCGUUCAUCCAGGAGUGGGCAGCCUUCAUGUGCGAGGCAGUCGUCCAGGACGACACCUGGGAGAGGGCUGCCGCUGCCUUCCAGCAGAGGUGGGGCCAGCUGCCCACUGCUGGCCGCCAGUCCGCUCUGCACCAGUUUGGAGGUGCGCAGGGCUGCCGGCGGAACGCCACCCAGAUUCCGGUCCAGCCGACCAGCACUGCCCGUCGCACCAGCACCAACGUGCGGGGUCGCGCUCGCUGGCCCGCUGGACGGCCGUGCCGCUCCGCGCGCACCGGGGAGCACGGCUACGUGGCAGCCUCCGCCAGGCGGUCGGCGGCGCCCCACAGCCUGGCCACCUGUGUUGACCAGAACCGCCCCCUGGGGCGCUGAGUGGUAGAGGUGAAGUGGGGGA